AUGGGUGAAGGCUUUUGUUCAUUAAAUUCCACGAUAUCAUCUAACUGUUCAUCAUGUUUUUAUGGACCUUUUUGUCAAUUUAGUACAGCAUAUUAUGGUAUUAUAUCAUUACAAACUUUAUUAUGUUCAUUUGAAUACAUUCCAAUUAGUAUACUUAUUAGUAUUCUUUUUGUCGGUAGUGUAUGUAAUUUGUUAGCUAUCGGCACAUUUUGUCAAUCGAAAGCACGUGAAAUGGGUAGCGGUAUUUAUCGUCUAUGGAUUUCAAUUAUAGGACAAUGUGGUCUAACAGUUGUUGUUAUUCAUAUACUUAUGGAGCAAAAUAAUAGUGAAAUGAUAGGUUGUUUCAUUUUAGAAUAUCUACGUAAAGUCCUUCAUGCUUUAUAUGAUUCAUUAACAGCAUGUACAACAUUAGAACGAACAAUCGUUAUCUUUCAAGGUAUUACAUUUAAUAGAAUGCGUAGUCGACGAUUAUCUAAAUUGAUAAUACCUAUAUUAAUAUUAUAUCAUUUUGUUAGUAUUGUUUAUGAACCAUUUUCUCGUCAAUUAAUUUAUUCACUAAAUCGAUAUUGGUGUAUAUUGGAAUUUUCUAAUUAUUCAAUUGUUAUUCAUCAAAGUAUAACUAAUAUAUGUCAUUUUAUUUUGCCUUAUUUUAUUAAUUUAAUUUCACCUAUCAUUUGGGUUUUGGCUUUAACAAAAAGUAAAUCAACAUUAAAUAAAAAUUUUUCAACUUGGAUCAAUUUAAAAAAUGUUUUAUGUACUUACAAACACACAAUUAUCAGUUGUUAUAUCCUUGUUAUUCAAAAUACACCUCGUUUUAUCUUUACAUUUUAUUUAACUUGUAUUAAAUUACAAUGGCAAAAUAAAGCUUAUAUCACUGCUUAUUUUCUUUCAUUGGUUCCGCUUAUGUCUAAUCUAUUUAUUUUUGUUUUACCAUCACCAAAAUAUCGACUAGAAUUUUUCGGUUUAGUUCAACGUAUCAUCAAAUAUCGAUAUAGAUUACAAUAUAUACCAACGUAG